GAGAGAGAGACAGAGACAGAAGAGAGCAAAAGAGAGCAAGAGAGAAAGAGACUGGCGAUGGGGACACUGAUUGCGGGUGAAUGUGCAUGUAUGUUUCUCCAUCUCUGGAACAGCAGCGGGUCUGGGAGGAGCUUGUGGGUUUGGGACAACUGUAGCCGUUGGUCUGACCAUCUUUGUGCUCUCUGUUGUCACCGUCAUCAUCUGCUUCACCUGCUCCUGCUGCUAUUUGUACAAGAUGUGCCGCCGACCACGUCCGGUUGUGACCACCACCACGGCCACCACAGUGGUGCACACUCCUUACCCGCAACCUCCCAGUGUGCCGCCCAGCUACCCUGGACCAACAUACCAGGGCUACCACUCCAUGUCCCCCCAGCCAGGGGUGCCAGCAGCACCCUACCCGACGCAGUACCCACCACCCUACCCGGCCCAGCCCAUGGGCCCUCCGGCCUACCACGAGACAAUGGCUGGAGGUGCAGCCAUGCCCUACCCUGCCAGCCAGCCUCCUUACAAUCCGGCCUACAUGGAACCCCCAAAGGCAGCCCCCUGAGCACAACCCUGCAUCUCUGGCUGCCACUCAAUCUGCUAUAUGUGUGUGUGGAUGGGUAUGCAGGCACGGUCCUUUUCUCCCCAUGCGUGGUGUGUGCGUGUGUCCUGUUUGUACACGAGGCUUCGUGUGAAGCUGAUGAGGUGGAGAACAGUCCUUGCCAGAGUUGCUGGGCCCACUUGUUCCCCUUCCUCACUUGAAAUUAUGCUUCCUGAAAUUUCAAGCAGAAUUCAAAGAACAGUUCUUUUCCAGACCAGCCCAGGGAGACCAGGUGGGGCUUGUCACACUAGGAUAGCACAGCAUUUUGCGGGCAGGAUGCAUAUGUGUUCUGGUUUCAGAAGAAUGGCUAGCUGCCACUUGAGGCUGAGGCUUGUCCCCAGGCUUGUCUUGGAAGAACCUGAGCCAUGAUGCAGGCAAGUGGGUGAGGCUUGGGAGCCAGCUCAGGUGGAUCUCAACCCUUUCGGCAGAUAGCCCGUGGGCCCAUAGCUCCCCAGAGCCUGGGCCAUGCUCAGUGGAGGGUAAGCAGCUUCCUGACAGGAAAACUCCUCAGGUGAAGCCCCACCCUCCCCUGAGCUGUCUGCCUUGACUAUUCCUGCAUCUCUCCUGGGACCACCUGGAGGCCACAUUUACCCAGGGUUCUGGCUCCCCUGGUUGGCCCUGGCCCUUCACCACAGGUGGGCAGGGUGGCCUCUGUCCACCUGCACACUCAGGUGUCCUCCCUGCAGUGUUUGUUUAUUUGUAGCUGAACAUUUUGCCUGUUUUGUUUCAAAAUGUGUGGAAUAAUUGCUGUGAGACUGGAAGCCCUGGGUCCUGGAGGGAAGUUGCCCUAGAGAGAGGGACCACCUGACCUCUGAGUCCCUGCUCCCCCAGCACCAGCCUUGCAGACCGCCAGCUCCUGCAGCCCAGUCCACGGUUUGUCCUGGCAGUGGGGACACCUGGGCCAAGGGGUCGUCUGGACCAAAGGAGGAGGGGGACCCUGGGUGGCUGGUCUGGCCUAGACACAAAUACCUCGGUGUUCCCUGUCCCUCUGUUAAUGUUUCACCACAUCUGUCUUAGCUUUGUACCUGUUGAUGUGUUUGGAGAGUCUAGUUUAUAAUAAAUGCAAAUAUUUAGA